GCAGUACUUGCGGAUCAUGAGAAGGACACAGUACUCGCACACGAAACAUUACUUCUCAUGGGCCUGGGCAAAUAUUUGCGGGGCACGUCGGCCCGCUCCGACCUUGCCUAGAGGAGGUCCGGCGGGAUUAUCUGCACCCUUACCCUGGCGCUGCAAAGCGUUUUUCUUUUUGGGGUUGGCGCCGGGGUGGGGGCCAAUGUGCCCUGGGGGUGCCAGGAAACCGCGGUGCUCUUUGGGUUGGGUUGUAAACGCGGGGUCUACGCGGCCGGCCGCUGGGGGAGUUGUCAACGAUCUCUCCCCGCUCGCUCCCCGUGCUUGCCGCCGGUCGCCGCCGCCGCCGACGCUGCCCGCAGCUGUGAAGGAUUGGCCCGAGGACCUGAGGAACGAGCCGAGGACUGCGCGCGUCCCGCGCGCGCGAGGAUAAAGGAGAUUAUUAUUUCUGUCUCGUGCCUCAUGCCGAUCUAUCUGAAGCAUAGCUUAACGGAUCCAUCAUGAGCGAUGAGACCCAUGUGCCACCACCACCAUUUAACCUCACUUCCGCCUGGCAUCAUGAUCCUCUGGCGAAUGACUGUCAUUGCGCGCUUCCUGCCUUACUCGCACUCAAGGCUGGAGGCCAGCGCUUCGAGGUGCUGGAUCAGAGCAGCGACCUCAGCAGCAGCCAGGCCUGGACGGCAUGGAGCGGGCAGUCGCAUUCGCAGGAUGAUGGGCGGGAGCUCGCGUUCGGCGCUGGCGGCCAGGCCGCGGUGGAGCCCGCCCACGGCCACCACUGGGUGUGGGACUCCUCCCACAGCCGCUCGUGCAGCAGCUCGCGGACUGGGGGCCGCUCCUCCCAGAGCCGCUCUUCGCUCUGUGACGCGGUGCCUGCGCGCCGGGCCCUGGAGGCCCACGGGGCCGCCGAUCUGCCAAGCUUCAACGACCGCGCGGACUUCCCCGAGUACAUCCCAGGUGCGGACAGCCCCUGCGACCGCGGCUCGAUGCUGCUGCUGCCGGGCUCGUCGCGGCCGCUCGCCAGCAGGUCGGCCAAGCGCCGGAGGGAGCGCAAGAACAACGAGAAGCGCCGCGACAUGAGGGCGCACAACGAGGUCAUGCUGCAGCGCGUGUUCGAGGCGCUCGGCUCGCUGAGCCCGCGCACUCUCGAAGCGCGUCGGCGCCAGCUCCCCUCCGCCUCUCCUCGAGAGCGGGCGGCCUCGCCGGUUGUGCCGCCCCCCACGCCGAGGUGGAAGGUGGACAGAGUGCAGAGGCCUGGCGAGGAGGACGACGCAGACUCCCAGUGCAGCUACGGUGACCGAUAACAUACAUUCCUGCGCUUGCCUGGACAAUUGUUUGCUCUUUGGCUUUCAGGAAGCUCAUUUGGUGAAUAAUUUUCUGAGCGCGCAUGAAGCGAUGCCUGCAGGCCUGGUGAACUGGAUGUUCGUUCAGAGCCCUGGAUAUAUUGGGCUCAUUUUCCGAAAGGUCAGAUUCAUUGCCUGUUCUGAUAUGUGUUCAUGUGGCAGUAUUGUAAUUAUAGGCUUGAUUUGGCAUGGCUGAAUUGGCCAAUAACCAUCUGUCCCUUUCUUUCAUAAUCCGCUUGGUCUGCCCAGGUGCUCAAGCGCGCGCCAUCUAGGGCCCCAGCUCGCCGUGGCAGUUUCGCAGUGGUUCUGCACUCAUCUGUUCUCUACGAUGUCGGGAUACACGAUACUCUUCUAGUGCAGACUUGUCAGUGGUGACGGCCCGGCCCGGCGCUUGCUUCCGCACCACCAUCGUGCACAAGCGUGGUGUAUGUUUUCCACGUGCUUGAGGGGACAUACUACACCCCGCCGUAGCCCAGCUCCCUGGUGUAACUGUUAUCACCUGUUUUAGGGGACGUGUGUCACGUUUAUGGAAGCAGCCAGCUUAAAAAAUAGCAUGCGGAGUUGUAGUCCAUGGUCCACCUUCUCCCUCAUCCUCAUCGUAAUCCAUUGUCCAUGGGCCCCUUCCCUCCUCCUCUCCCUCCUGCCUCCGCAGAGUGUUGAUAGUUCCGUGUGCGCUGACCAUUAUUCCAUUCUGCAGAUUCUAUGUAGGAUGGGUGCGGCGACGCGGAUGGUUGAGAUUUGCAGCCCCGUGCUCCCACCUUGCUUGCUUUUGUUGGAACGCCCUUCACAAUCAGCGCAGGGUCCUAUGAUGGAUCAGCCUCCAGAUAGUCUAGGGACCGUAUCGGCUUAGCAUGGAAGACAGACUCGCAGGUGGUAGGCAUUCCGUGGAGAAUUGUGCGGUCUCGUUGCGGCGACAGUAUCCCUUUUUCUUCUCCAGAUGCCCCCGAGCAGGUCUGAGUAGACGGGGGAGGGCAUGAGGAGGCAGUGAGGCAGUGACAGUCAGGAU